AACAUCUUAAUUCAACGAUCGGCUCACCAUCGCAGUUCAUGGGUACACCCUGCUUGGUCAUGAGUCGAUGGGCUCGCGAAAUAAUCGACGGGUCUGCCACCAUGAGAUCGUCACACUCCUGGAUGUCCUGCAGUCAUCGGGUGGAACGGCGCUAUGAUGCAUGGCUGAUGGGUCUAAUCCUGGUUUCUCGGUGGUAGGCAGGCCUGAAAGAGGAAGAGAUUUCGAAAAUAGCUCAACUUGAAGAUCCGGAUCGUUCAAAGUCAACAGCGGAA